AUGGGUCCUCGUCAACGAGCGCAGGCUAGAAAGAAACGGAAUGGAGGACAGCAGAAUCACUCCCCGUCGACGUGGCAGCACGGACAGUCUGCUUUCCCUAACAGAGGGCCCAAUGCCUUUCACCGUGGUCUUGUCAACGACUGGCAGGACUUCUCAGACUUAAAUUCUUCCGAAUCCCCGAAGCCGAAACUGAGCAUGGCUCAAACGGCUAGAAAUACCGAGCGCCAUGCUAUGUCCUGGGCUUCUACACGCCUCAGAGAGCAGAGAAUCACGUUCAUAAGUGCCGGAGAUCUGAAACAAGACGAUAUAGCUGCAGUCGCGAAAGAGAAUGAACAAUCCCAGAAGGAGGCAGUAUCAUCUGAAGAACCCUCUCACAAUGAUGAGCAAGUUCAACCCAAGGAGCUUGAAUCACACGCGUCAGGGAAUGAACAAUCCAAGAAUCACAAUCCGACCCCGGUCGAGUUGAGUGUAGGGGAGCCCCGGCUAAGGAAAGACUCGAUCUCGUCGCAAUCUUCCGAAGAGAUCAUUUUCGCCGGACGACAGAACCGUCCAGCGAAGCCGGCCAUCCCUCCCAGCACAGAGACCACAGUGUCUACCAAGCCCACAGAUGUCGAGACAAGACCUCCACCUCAUGCUUCUCCUGCGGCCGCAAGGGCGACCACUCGUGAUUCCAGCUCAUCUGGCCUGGACAAGUUCAACAAUAUUCUGCCGCCACGACGGAACGAAGCUGUUGACCGCCGUGGUCGUGCUCGCGGUCGACCAGGAAGCUUUCAGAGAAAGGAAGAGGAAGAAGCUAUCAUCAAUGACUACAUUGCAAACCUAGCGGUCGACGACAGCGACGAGGACAAGAUUCCUGAGACCAAGCAUUCGGUCAAGAUUGGAAGGAGAACUGAACAUUUCCGGUUCUUUGACGGCCCGGGCGAGCAAAAGGUCCACCUGCGAACUUCAAAAACAAGUAAAGCUGCUAGAGGAUCUAUCGAUGUCGACCAAGCGAUUGAUUGGAACUCUGGUGAUCUACAAGAUUUCGAUGAUUUCAGCACCACUGAUGAGGAAAUUGUCGAGGUCAGGCAUGUUCUCCGACAUCGUACACGUCCCAGUGGUCCACAAUACCUCGUCAGCGCACUUGGCAAAGACUCCAGCGAUCCUCGCUGGGUGCCUCACGCAAAGUUGAAGUCGACCUCUGCUGUUGAUGAGAUCCGCAUCUUUGAGGAAAUUCGGGCCAUGAAAAUCCAAGAGACUACGAAUGACUCGACCGACUCCGAAUCAUCAGAGGCCGACGAGCUUUUAGAUGAUGUGGAUGAUGAUAUGGAAUCGGAGAUGGAUGAAAAUCACCGGAUACUAGAGCGCACCGCUCGAAUGACAGACGAGCAGAUUGCUCGGACGCUAGCGAAGCAGGAAGAGCUAGGCAUGGGUGGCGACGAGCUGCUCUUGUUUGAUGGGCAAGUUGAGGAUGACGACGAGAUCGAUGACGAGGACAAGGACGAGGACGAAGAUGAUGAGUUUGCAGCUGGCGAUGGGUUCAUCCCCUUUUCUUCGAAGAAGCAUAUUUCCAGCCGCGUCAAGUCAAGGAAAAAUCGACGCGAGCGUGACACUUUCCCAUCUGCCACGGCUUUCGCAGAUGCCCUUGAGCAGGAUCCGUACGGCGCGUUCGACAUCAUGGAUUUUGACCGACCCAGUCUCCGACCUAAGAAGAAAGGACGCAAGUCGGACUUGCCUUUCGACCUCGGCGUGGAGGAUGAGGAGCUUGCUGAGCGACUGCGAAGUACCUGGAACAAAGACCGCGAAAAGAAGGCGUCUCGCAAGCGCGAGAAGCUGUUGGAGCGUGAGGCGGCUCUUUUGGAGGCAUCCGAACGCAAUCACCCGGCCGCCAUCAAAGCAGAAAUCCGACAGUUUCUGAUUGAAGAAGUUAACACGUUGGAAUUGGCCCCAAUGGACUCAGCAACUCGUGCUUCCGUCCAUCGGCUUGCCAAGUCACUCAAGCUGCAGUCAAAGUCGGAGGGCAAGGAGGGCCAUGGUAUCGGACGGUACCCUGUUCUCACCAAAGGUCCGCAUACUCCGAGAUACACGAUCGACACGGUUUGGGAGAUCGAUGCCUUGAUGAGCCUAAGAAAGUUCUUCCCGAAACGCCCACUCAAUUCGUACAAGUCUCGUGGCACUCCCACAUCAGGCGCUGCGAGAACAAAGAGAGGUGGUGGCGGAGUCAUGUCUGGUGCGACCUACAUGAAUGGUGACGUGGUCGGUGCUUCUGCUCCGGAGAUCGGCGCCGACAAUAAAGGACGAGCGAUGCUAGAGAAAAUGGGUUGGGUAGAAGGCGUCGGACUGGGUGCUGUUGGAAACAAGGGCAGUCUCGAAGCCAUCAAGCAUGUGGUCAAGACCACACGAGCUGGACUGGGUUGA